AUGAAAAUUGAUGAAGAAAUUGCAAAGAGUGUCAAAAAAAGGUCACAUAUGGUUUGGAACGAUCGUAAAGACGAACUGUUGUUAAGAGAAGUGCUUCUUUUUGAACCCUACAAAUAUAAAGCACGAACAAAAGAGAGAGGGAAUGCUUGGAAAGUUAUUGCUGAAAACUUAAGUCAGUUGGAUUCGGAACAAUUUCAAGCGGAUCAAAGAUCUGUUCGUGAAAGAUUUGGAAUUUUAAAAACACGUUACCAAAAUAAAACUCGAGAAGAAUUGAAAGCUAGUGGUAUUGCUCCUGAGUUUGAUAAAAUUAUGGAUGCGAUGGAAGAUAUUUCAGAGAAAAUUAAGGAGUAUGAAAAGGUACAUGCUGAACAAGAUAGCCAACAAUCAGAGAAAAUUGAAAAAGAAGCUAAUGCAGCAUCCGACAUGAGAAUGAAAGCUUUAGAAACGUUCAGUGAAAGUAAAAAAAGAAAAGAACUAACCACAGAGGCUGGAGGUGAAGAUACUGAGAAAAAAGCAAAAAAACUAAAAGUUCUGGAACUGAUACCAUACAAUACUUGA